AUGUGCCCUGGUGCAGACAACGAGCCCAAUGGGCAAACAAAUGGCGCCAAUGGCCAGUCCAACGGAUCCCACCCCGGCUUCACUGCUGUUCAGACCCGCCAAAACCCUCACCCUUCCCGCAACCCCUACGGCCACAACGUCGGCGUUACCGAUUUCCUGAGCAAUGUCUCCCGCUUCAAGAUCAUUGAGAGUACUCUGCGUGAGGGCGAGCAGUUCGCCAACGCCUUUUUCGACACCGAGAAGAAGAUCGAGAUCGCCAAGGCUCUGGACGACUUCGGGGUUGACUACAUUGAGCUUACUAGCCCCUGUGCUUCCGAGCAGUCAAGGCUUGACUGCGAAGCCAUCUGCAAGCUCGGCUUGAAGGCCAAGAUCCUUACUCACAUUCGUUGCCACAUGGACGACGCUCGCGUUGCUGUUGAGACCGGUGUUGACGGAGUUGAUGUCGUCAUUGGUACUUCCUCUUAUCUCCGUGAGCACUCUCACGGCAAGGACAUGACCUACAUCAAGAACACCGCCAUCGAAGUCAUCGAAUUCGUCAAGUCCAAGGGCAUUGAGAUCCGAUUCUCAAGCGAGGACUCCUUCCGCUCCGACCUCGUCGACCUGCUCUCCAUCUACUCCGCCGUCGACCAAGUCGGUGUGAACCGUGUUGGUAUUGCUGACACCGUUGGCUGCGCCUCUCCUCGCCAGGUUUACGAGCUCAUCCGUGUCCUGAGAGGUGUCGUGAGCUGCGACAUCGAGACCCACUUCCACAACGACACUGGAUGCGCCAUUGCCAACGCCUACUGUGCUCUGGAGGCUGGUGCCACUCACAUCGAUACCUCUGUUCUCGGUAUCGGUGAGCGCAACGGUAUCACCCCUCUUGGUGGUCUCAUGGCCCGCAUGAUGGUUGCCGACCCUCAGUAUGUCAAGAGCAAGUACAAGCUGGAGAAGCUCAAGGACAUUGAGGACCUGGUCGCCGAGGCUGUUGAGGUCAACAUUCCCUUCAAUAACUACAUCACUGGUUUCUGUGCUUUCACUCACAAGGCCGGUAUCCAUGCCAAGGCUAUCCUGAAUAACCCCAGCACCUACGAGAUCAUCAACCCCGCUGAUUUCGGCAUGUCAAGAUACGUGCACUUUGCCUCGCGCCUGACAGGCUGGAACGCUAUCAAGUCGCGUGCUCAACAGCUCAAUGUUCACAUGACUGACGACCAGUACAAGGAGUGCACAGCCAAGAUCAAGGCUCUUGCUGACAUCAGGCCUAUUGCUAUCGAUGAUGCGGACAGCAUCAUUCGUGCCUACUACCGCAACCUCAGCUCUGGCGAGAACAAGCCCCUUAUGGACCUGACCGCUGAUGAGCACGCUCAGUUCCUCGCCAAGGAGAAGGAGUUGACGGAGAGUGGUGCCGCCCUCUAA